AUGCUAGCUCGCAAGAAAAUUCCAUGGGCGAUCACUAUUCUCUUGCUGGGAUCAUUGGGAUCUCUUUUUGUCCUUCCUACCGCAGGCUUUGGCUCCAUGAGCACCAUAGCUUCCAUCUCGGCCCGCCCUCCAUCCGUCCAGCCAGGUUCUUUCUCUGUGUGCGUUCUAGAAUCGAAACUCUUGACACCAACUUGUAUGGGCACGGACAUAGCAGAAGUGGAGCUGAAAGACAAGAAGCUCUUCGCCAUCUCUGGUGGAGACAACUUUGCUUGCGGCCUAGAGUAUGGCUCUCGCUUUCCAGUUUGCUGGGGCGAUCUCCAACUCCCAGCUCGUCUGCUAAACGUGAGCUACACGAGCAUAAGCUGCGGUUCCAGCCACUGCUGCGCGAUCCGGAGCAGCGACAGUAGAGCCGACUGCUGGGGAAACAACGGCAGCCCUCCAGGGGAGAACUUCUUGUCGGUGUCAUCGGGAAAGAAUUUCUCUUGUGGUCUCACCCAAGAUGGCGCACUGCACUGCUGGGGCGGAGUUCCAGAGAGCAUUCAAGAGGCAAAGAACGAGAGAUUCGCUUCAGUGUUCGUGGGAGGACGAUCGGUUUGUGGGCUUGCGAGCUCCACAAUGGAUGCUCUUUGCUGGGACGAAGACCAUCAUGGGCGAUCUUCUCUCGUCCCUCCUGGCUUGAAGUUCUCGUUUCUCGCUGGAGGCCUCUCGCAUACGUGUGGGAUUCGAGCGGACAAUCACCAGGUGAUGUGCUGGGGGGAUGAUCACUUGCGGCAGCUCCAGGUUCCAAAGUCCGCCACCUUUUCCUCCAUCUCGGCUGGGAACUUCCACACUUGCGGGGUGACGCGGGACGAUCCCGCAAAGCUGCUGUGUUGGGGAAACAACGUGGCCGAGUUUGAGAUCGUCAACUUAAAUGCAAGCCAGGCCUUGUGCAUGGGCGAGUGCGGCAAGAACCAGUUCCAGAUGAACAAGACCUCGUCGCAGUGCCCGUCUCUGUCCGACAAGGUGUGCUUGGAUUGUUCCAUCUGCGUCGGGGGCAACGUCGAGACUUCUCCGUGCGGUGUGAACUCCGAUCGACAGUGUGGCAGCGUCAAGAUUGGCAGUGGCCGCGACGCCAAGAGGCAGGGUGGCAAGAGUGUCUUCGUCGUGGUCUUGUAUGUCUCGGCGACGCUCUCGCUUGCUCUCAUCUUCAUGGGAGCUGUGUGGAGCUACCUCUGCCGGAUCAGGAGAAGGAAGGGCAAGCUACGGGUCUUGUCCACCAGGAACAACGAGCAUUUUGGCAAUGGAGUUGUUUCUAUCUCCGCGGAAGAACUCAAGUUGGCGACAAAGAACUACAGCGAGGAGAUGAUCCUGGGGAGAGGUGCUUUCGGAACGGUGUACAAGGGAGUGCUUGAGAAUGGCUACCAAGUCGCGAUCAAGCGAGGCAAGGCUUGCGAGAGGUGUGAUGCGAUGUUUGACAAGGAGCUGGAACUUCUCGCUAGAACUCACCACUCUUGCCUGGUAAACUUGUUUGGAUACUGCAAAGAAGAGAAUGUCCUCGUCUUCGAGUUCAUGUCUCGAGGAACUGUCCAUGACAACAUAUUCCAAUCGCCAACUUCUAGUUCCGGCCCUCUGGAAUGGGUGAGCCGGAUAAGAAUUGCGGCACAGGCUGCCCGGGGCCUCGAGUAUCUCCACAAGUAUGCAUCGCCCAGCAUCAUCCACAGGGACAUAAAGUCGGCCAAUAUUCUCAUCGACUUUGACUGGAACGCACACAUCUCCGACUUUGGGAUCUCGCUUUGCGGGCCUCAGGACAAUGCAACGCACCUGAGCAACAUGACAAUAGUUGGAACUCCCGGCUACUUGGAUCCCGAGUAUGGGACCUCUUCGCAGCUCACGAUCAAGAGCGACGUCUAUAGCUUUGGAGUGGUUCUUCUCGAGUUGCUAUCCGGUCGUAAGCCGGUUGAUCUAUCGAGACAGAUCCAGAACCUGGUGGCUUGGGUGAUCGAUCUGGUGGGACGUGACGAGUGGAGCUCGGUGUUGGAUCCAAGGUUGGCAGUGCCUUUGCAACCCGAGCCACUGUUCCGGGUGCUAAAGCUGGCGCUCGAGUGUACAAGGCUCAAAGGCAAGCAGAGGCCAUCCAUGACUCAAGUCGCCAAAACUCUAGAGGAAGUAUUGGAAGCGAUUGCUUCUUCUCCUCCUCCUGGUGGUGGUGAUACUUCUCCUCUUUCUUCCACUGUCGAUGCCAAAAGCCUUAAGGAGAUUUUUGAAGCGAUGGUUGUCAAUCCUGGCUCUGGUACUGUGACUUUCUUUCCCCCUUUUUUUGGAGAAUUGACAUUGAUUUCUGCAGUUUCUGUGAAAAUUGGCUAA